AUGACGAAAGGAAAAAGAAUGCAAACCCCAGCCGUCCUUCAGAUGAGCAUUUCCAGCAGGACGAGCAGCUGCUUGCACGGCUCCGAGGCCGGGCCCAGGGGCGGAACAGAGGGCCUGGGGCUGGAGCUCUACCUGACGGAAGUCUCUGCUCCAAAGGCAGUAAACCUGCCAUCUGACAACAUGCAUGACAAGACUUUUGAAAACCAGAGUGACAUACAUGCCACCACGGAUGACAAUUAUUGCAGGAGUAUUGAAAAUUUGAAUCGAAUGUUUUUGGUGAUAAUCGAGAAGGAAAGCAUGUAUCCCAAUGUGAGCAGCAGCGAGUCCCUGUCCACCCCCGUGCAGCUCUGCUAUGAGAACAUGAACGGAUCCUGUGUCAAGUCUCCCUACUCCCCUGGACCCCGCGUGCUUCUGUACGUGGUCUUUGGCUGUGGGGCUGUGCUCGCUGUGUUUGGAAACCUCUUGGUGAUGAUUUCAAUCCUGCAUUUCAAGCAGCUGUACUCUCCAACCAAUUUCCUCAUCGCCUCCCUGGCCUGUGCUGACUUUUUAGUGGGUGUGACCGUGAUGCCCUUCAGCAUGGUCAGGUCCGUGGAGAGCUGCUGGUACUUUGGGGCUGGUUUUUGUACUUUCCACACGUGCUGUGAUACGGCGUUUUGCUACUCUUCUCUCUUCCACUUGUGCUUCAUCUCCAUCGACAGGUACAUCGCUGUCACUGACCCUCUGGUCUACCCGACCAAGUUCACUGUGUCUGUGUCCCGAAUGUGCAUCGGCAUCUCCUGGAUCCUGCCUGUUGUGUACAGCGGUGCCCUGUUCUACACAGGAGCCAAUGAUGAUGGACUGGAAGAAUUAUCUCGUGCCCUCAACUGUAUAGGUGGUUGUCAGGCUGUUGUAAAUCAAAACUGGGUGGUGAUAGAUUUUUUAUCCUUCUUUAUACCAACCCUUGUUAUGAUCAUUCUCUAUAGUCAUAUUUUCAUUGUGGCUAGAAAACAGGCUCAAAAGAUUGAAACGACUAGUAGCAAAACAGAGUCAUCAUCGGAAAGUUACAAAGGCAGAGUGGCCAGGAGAGAGAGAAAAGCAGCUAAGACCCUGGGGAUCACAGUGGUGGCCUUUAUGAUUUCAUGGUUACCAUACAGCAUUGAUUCAUUAAUUGAUGCUUACAUGGGCUUCAUCACCCCUGCCUAUAUUUAUGAGAUUUGCUGCUGGUGUGCUUAUUAUAACUCAGCCAUGAACCCUUUGAUUUAUGCUCUCUUUUACCCAUGGUUUAGGAAAGCCAUACAAUUAGUUGUCAGUGGCCAAGUUUUAAAGGAUGGUUCAGCAACCAGGAAUUUG